CUUUAACUCCCAGUUUAAUUUCCAAUUACUUUACAACUGUAUGUAAACAGUUUUGAACGUAAUUUUCCAAUAAUAUCAUCAAAACUUUCCUUAAACAUAUUUUUCUUUGUUUUUAUCAUUAUGACCACUGUACACUUUGUUGCAACUCAAGUACCACAAUCCAACAUUCCACGAUUUAAACGUAUUAUGGAUACUGAAGAAAAAAUUAUCAAUAAAUCCGAUCUAUUAGAAUCGAAUAAAACAUCAUCAGAGAACUCAUCAAUCAUUGGCAAACCAAUGGAUUCAAAUAAAACUAUUUCAAUUAAGUUAAAUGAUACCAAUGAAGGUUUAUUAGAAAAUACUUCAAAUCAAUCUCAUGAUGAAUUUAAUCAAUCUCAAAUACCAAAAAAUGAUGAAACAACUAAAAAUAUCAUCAAUGAAAAACAUAAUAUUUUAAUUGAAAAAAUAACAGAUAAAUCAAUCGAUUCACCUGAAAAACAUGAAUCGAAUAAUAAAGUUUCUUCAUCAUUACGUUCAAUAAAAGGUAGACGUAUGUAUACAUUGAAUCAAUUAUCUAAUCCAUCGGAUCGUCUUCAUGAUUUAAAACAAAAUAAUAAUAAUAAUUUAAUAAUGAAACAAAAACAAUCAAAUUUAAAAUGUAAAAAAUUUAAAAAAUAUUUAAAAUCAUUAAUUGCAUUUUUAUUUUCUCAUAUUGGUCUUUGUUUAGUUGUAGUUGGUUAUUGUACAUUAGGAGCAUUUUUAUUUCGUUUAAUUGAACAAAAUAAUCAAUCAAAUAUUAUACAUAAUUAUACUACUGAAUUAAUUUAUAAUCAUAAAAAUAUACAACAAUUAAUUAGGAAUUAUCAUCAUGAAUCAUUAAAAUUAUGUAUGAAUCAUGUAAAAUAUUUAUAUUCUAAUGAGAUAAAAUGGAAAAAUGAUAUAAUCAAUAUAUUGAUUUAUUAUGGUUUUUCAAUAAAACCAGAAUUAUUUAAAAUGGAAUUAGAAAAAUUUAAUCAAAAAUUAAUUAAACCAAUUAUACCAAUCAAUCAAACAAAUUCUAUUCUAAUCAAUAAUCAAUUAAUAUUGAAUGAAUUAUAUAAAAAUUUAACAAUCCAUUUAAAUUAUUAUACUGAUUAUAUUUUAUUGAAAAUAAAUGAAUUCAUUGAAAAAUUAAUCUAUAAUACAUAUGAUGCAUGUAAUUCAGGUUGGAAACCUGUACAUUCAAUGAAUAAUUUAUUCAUAUAUAAUAAUAAAACUUAUCAAAAUAUUUAUUCACAAUGUUAUCAAUAUAAUAAUUGUACAUUAGAAACUAUUAUUAUUAAUAAUAUUAGUAGUAGUAGUGGUAAUGAUAGUAGUAAUAAUAAUAAUCAAAUCAAUACUAUAUGUAAUUGUUUAAAUGAAACAAAAUGUUUAUGUGAUAAUAUUAAUCAAAUUAAUAAUUAUUCAAAUAGAUUAUCUACAAUUGGUAUUAUUGAAGAAUAUCGAGAUCCUUGGACAUUGACUGGAGCUUUAUUAUAUGCUGUUACUGUUGUUACUACUAUAGGUUAUGGACAUAUUGUACCUAAAACAGAUCUUGGACGAGCAAUAACUGUAAUUUAUGCAUUAUUUGGUAUACCAUUAGUACUUUUAUGUUUAACUAAUCUUGGUGGAUUUUUAGCUAAUACUGUACGAAUUAUUUAUUCAAAUUCAUGUUUUAAAUAUCAUCAACAUCGUAUUAAAAAGAAAUUAACUAGACAACAACAUACUCAAUCAAUAUUACCAAUAACAAGAGAUGAACAAUUACAUUUAACAAAAAGAACAUUACCAAAUAAUCGUAAAAAUAAAAUACAAAAAUUACAUAAUACCUUAGAAGAAAAUAAUGAAACAUCAAUAAUCAAUAAUUAUAUUGAUUCGAAUAAAUCGAUAUCAAAAGAAUCCAUUAAUCGAUUAACUAUAAAUGAUUAUCAUACAGCAAGAUUUGAAAAACGAGCUCAAUCUAUUCUACAUACAUUAACUAGUUCACAAUCAAUUAUUUCAUCAGGUAUACAAAAAAAAGAAAGAAAAAAUAAAGGAGUACAUGUACCAAUAUGGUUAACAUUAUUAGUAUUUUUUAUUUAUAUGAUAGUUGGUGCAAUUAUAUUUGCUAAAUGGGAAAAUUGGAAUUUAUUACAAUCAGGUUAUUUUGUAUUUAUUACAUUGUCAACAAUUGGAUUUGGUGAUUUUGUUCCCGGUAUACAAACAGAUAAAUGGCAAGAAAAUUCUACAAAACCAGUAUUUUGUUGUUUCUAUUUAUUAUUUGGUUUAUCUAUGGUUGCUAUGUCAUUUAAUUUAAUGCAAGAAGAAGUAAAAACUAAAUUUAGACGAUUCGCUUAUAAAGUUGGUUUAGUUGAAGAUUAA